AUGCCUCCUCAACCGAAGAGCGUCGGAGACGCACCCAGUCGACCACUCGGCAAUCUGGAAGGCUUCUUCAAGAUGCUAGCCGACGGUGGCAAACUUCUCAAUCGCGAACACUGGACAAUCCAUACCGCGUUGCGGCUUGCAUUCCACCCCUCGGUGACGGAUCCAGCUCCUCUCCUCCGCCGCUCCUGGGAGAUACUCUGGCGUCAGCACCCGGCGUUGGGAGCUACUAUCACUGCAGCCAAUGGUGAGGGCCCGCGACUGACAGCUGCGCAAGACACCCACGAAUCUGCCAAUAGUACUUUCAAGAUUUGCUCUGAAAUCGCAGAUUCCUCGGAGCUUUUCUCAAGUCUUUGCUCUACCCCCACUGCAACAUGCUAUUUCAUCCAACGGUCGUCAGAGGUCGUCAUUCGCUCGUCGCACUGGCGUACAGAUGGCCUCGGCAUGGCAAUUCUCUGUCAUGACUUUAUGAAGGCGCUGGCCUCUGUUAUCAAGGCCAGCGGGGACAGGCAUGGCUCAUCGGAACCCCCCUCGUUGCUUCACGCAGAGUCUUCCCUGGCACCAACCCUGGAACAACUCGCGCGCGCUCAAUCUCGACUAGACAUUCCAAGCGAGAGCACAAAGGUGCCGGUUCUGGAAGCUGGCGCUGAUGCCUUGGUGGCUCAAUUCCUGCGUGGCGUGCCCAGUAUCGGCUUGCCCACCAAGGCAGAAUCUGCCGAUGCCGUCCCCGGUUCCAGUGGCCGCUCCGUCAUGCGACUCGGCGCAAAGACCACUGCUGAGCUCGCCGCAGCCUGCCGGGACCAUCGUAUCAAGAUGACGAGUGCUAUACAUGCGGCGAUUGUGCGUGUCGCCGCCAGCUUCCCUCAGCAUCCGCUCUGCAAAUCCUAUGCAGCAUUCGUCCCCGUGGAUCUGCGAAGGGCGCUAGAAGCUACUGCAACUGACGAGACCCGCAACGUCUCAAAGGUAGUCGGCUUGUACUUUUCCGGUCUGCCCGUCUGCGUGGAGCAGGUGGUCUCGGAGGGCGACAGAGCUAGCACGAUAGGCUUUGACACCAUUGCUCGGAGCCUGGAUGCUACGUACUCGCGCGACCUGGUCAACUUUUGGGAGUCGCCGGAUGGGCAGACCGUGGGCCUGCUGGAUCUUGCACAGCCUUACCUGGAGCGCACUACGCAACUCUUCGGCGCUCCGGUCCCAGAGGGUCUACCACCUGUCCAGACACCAGACCUGAGCAGUCUUGGAAAGAUCGACAGCUUUCUGCAGACAGAGUACGGGACGGCCGACGAGGGAAAGGCUGAAGUAAUGGACUUCUGGAUUGGAACUGAAAUGUUGAAUAGAAGUGUUCAAUUCCACACCUGGAGCUGGAAGGGCGAAUUCGUUCUUGGUGCGUGCUUCAAUCAAAGUUUCUACGGCAAGGACUUUGUCGAUGGCGUUUUGAAUAAGGUGGUUCAUGAGCUACAGGCUGGACUCAAUGUUGUCACCAGUGAAUGA